AUGUGCCUCCCCGCCGGCAUCGGCCACAUCUUUGCAUUGGACCAUUUUGAGCUGACCACGACAACUCUCAACAGCCGUGUACGCGCCGUGCCAAGUCCUGCCUUCAACGCAGCCGAUCAGAGUCAUGUUCAGCCAUUGGCGAACCAGCCCAAAAAUGACAUGGAUGAGUCAUUUAUUGGCAAAACUGGAGGCGAAAUUUUCCACGAGAUGAUGUUAAGACAAGGUGUCAAGCACAUUUUUGGAUACCCUGGCGGUGCCAUUCUGCCCGUUUUCGAUGCCAUCUAUAAUUCAAAACACUUUGAUUUCAUCUUGCCUAGACACGAACAAGGUGCUGGUCAUAUGGCUGAGGGCUAUGCUCGUGCUUCUGGCAAGCCUGGUGUCGUCCUUGUAACCUCGGGACCCGGUGCCACUAAUGUCAUCACCCCUUUGCAGGAUGCCCUUUCUGAUGGAACGCCUUUGGUUGUCUUUUGCGGGCAGGUUCCCACCACCGCCAUUGGAAGCGAUGCAUUCCAGGAGGCCGAUGUUGUGGGAAUUUCUCGGGCCUGUACGAAGUGGAAUGUUAUGGUUAAGAACGUUGCCGAGUUGCCUCGCCGAAUCAACGAAGCUUUCGAAAUAGCCACAUCUGGCCGACCCGGUCCCGUCCUUGUCGAUUUGCCCAAAGACGUCACUGCCGGUAUCCUGAGAAAGGCCAUUCCUACUGAGACGGCCCUCCCCUCUCUGCCCAGCGCCGCGUCACGAGCCGCCAUGGAGCACAGUCAUAAACAGUUACAAGCUUCUAUCAAGCGUGUCGCCGAGCUCGUUAACAUUUCUAAGCAGCCGGUCAUUUAUGCAGGCCAGGGUAUCGUCCAGUCCGAGAAUGGUCCCGAGUUUUUAAGGGAACUGUCCGAGAAGUGCUCUAUUCCUGUUACUACUACCCUUCACGGUCUGGGUGGCUAUGAUGAGCUUAACGAAAAGGCUCUGCAUAUGCUGGGCAUGCACGGUUCUGCUUACGCUAAUAUGGCUAUGCAAGAGGCCGAUUUGAUCAUUGCCUUGGGCGGUCGCUUUGAUGAUCGGGUUACGGGAAAUAUUGCUAAGUUUGCUCCUGGAGCCAAGGCUGCUGCCGCCCAGAAGCGUGGCGGUAUUGUUCACUUUGAGAUUAUGCCCAAGAAUAUCAAUAAGGUUGUCCAAGCCACAGAGGCUAUCGAAGGCGAUGUAGCCGCUAGCAUAAAGCUUCUUUUGCCCGAGGUCGAGCCUCGAUCUAUGGAGGAUCGCAAGGCCUGGUUUGACAAGAUCAACGAGUGGAAGAAGAAGUGGCCGCUGUCUCACUACGACAGAUCAGAGCGUAAUGGGCUUAUCAAGCCUCAGACCCUUAUUGAAGAGUUGAGCAAUCUGACAGCUGAUCGCAAGCACAAGACUUACAUUGCUACCGGUGUCGGUCAACAUCAGAUGUGGACUGCACAGCACUUCCGGUGGAGGCAUCCUCGGACUAUGAUUACCUCAGGAGGUCUGGGAACAAUGGGCUUUGGUUUGCCUGCUGCCAUUGGCGCCAAGGUCGCCCAGCCUGAGGCUCUUGUUAUUGAUAUUGAUGGUGACGCCUCCUUCGGCAUGACUCUGACUGAGCUGGCCACCGCCGCGCAGUUUAAUAUUGGUGUUAAGGUUAUCGUCCUGAAUAACGAAGAACAGGGCAUGGUCACCCAGUGGCAGAACCUCUUUUAUGAGGAUCGCUACGCCCACACUCACCAGGUUAACCCUGAUUUCGUGAAGCUGGCCGAGUCAAUGCACGUUCAGUCUCGCCGUCUGGUUGACCCUGCCGAGACUGUGGAUGCCCUCAAGUGGCUGAUCGACUCCGAAGGCCCUGCUCUUUUGGAAGUUGUCACUGACAAGAAGGUGCCCGUUCUGCCAAUGGUGCCUGCUGGCUCUGCUCUACAUGAGUUCCUUGUAUUCGAUGGGGAGAAAGAUAAGGAGCGACGAGAUCUGAUGCGACAGAGAACUGGUGGUUUGCACGGUUAA